AUUUAAAAUGUUUUGAAUUUUUAUGAUAUUAUAUAAUAUAAUUAAUUAUUUACACAAAAUAAUUCGUCUAUGAAUUUACAGUUAAAAUCAAUUUUUACUGUGUUCGUAGUUUUCUGGUCUUGGAUAUAAGUAUAUAAUUUAUUUAUUUUAAACUAUAAAACAAUGAUUUUGUACUUGUUAUUUUUUUAUUUCCUCGGUUUGUCGUCGGCUACAGACACUUCAAAUACUUCAGACAUAACCAGUACAGGCGGUUCAAACUCAAGUUUUUCUACCCAAGUAAUGUGCUAUUUCAAAGGAAAUUUGGACCAGUCUGAUUCUACUUUAGUUAAUUUAGAUCCUGCAAAAUUACCAAAAGAAUGUGAUGUAAUAAUUUAUAGUCGAUUUUCAAUCAACCUAUAUUCCGAAGUAGAUUGUGAUGAUGUACUGCUCAAAUCAGUAACAGACUUAAAUAAACCUGUGAUUGUGACACUUUCACGAGAUAAUGAUUACCCUGAUUGGAGUAAGAUAUUGACCCCUGAUGGUAAUGCUGACGAUACAAAGGUUUUAUGCGAUUUCGCAUCAAGCCAUAAUGUUGCGGGAUACCUUCUAUAUUCGAUUGCGCCAGAUACCUCGACGUAUGGAUUCGAUGAAAAGGUUGGAAAAAACAUUAUACCUUAUAUAAAACAAUUAAAAAAAUGUGGUUUAAUAAUCGGUGUUUCUAUAUAUGCAGUUCCAUCAUCUAUAAUAAAUCCAUGUGUCUAUAAUUAUGAUGAAUUGAACACCAUAGUUGACUUCUAUAAAAUAGAAACGUAUGCGUUGAAUUCAUGCGAUCCAAAUUUUUAUAAUGGCAUGACUCCAAUUUCACAAACUGAUCACGGCCCUCAUUACUACUACGGAAUGGAAGAAGUCGUAUCUUAUCUAAAGGAAUCGAAAAUAAGUCUUACGAAACUAACCUUUAUUAUUGAAAUUUACCCGCUUAACAAUGAUGCAACAACUUAUACUUCUUAUGCUCAAGUAUGUUCAGGACAAUUUGAUAAUUCAACUUGGUGUGUGCAAACAUCAUUAGAUUUGUAUCAUAAGGGAAAAUUUGCACAUGAUCAAAAAAGUGGAAUAAUAGUCAUGAUGAUGGAUCUUGAUGACGUUAAUAACGACUGUGGGUGUACUGCGGAGUUCAAUGGAUUUAAAAACAUAAUUGCUGGAUUCACUAGUGGUUCAACAUCACCAUGCAAGCAUUUUGACGUUCAAACACUUGAAUAUCCAAUUCAAUAACCAGUUAUUGUAUUAAUUGAUAAAUAAAUAAUGAAAUUUAAAAAAAUUUAAAUCUUUUUUACCAAUGUUCUAGCAUACAAAAAUUCACAAUGUUUUCUAAUUACAAGACAAAAGUGGUAUUAGAUAUUUUACUAGGCUAAAAUUUCAAAUUUAUUCUUGUUCUAAUAGAAAGCAUUAAUUAGUUAUAGUUAUUAUAUUAUAUUACAUCGCAUAAUUAUUGUUUAAAAUAACAAAACAUUUAAUUUGUUAUACAUUUUAUAUUUGUGUUAAAUAUAAAAUAUUCAAUUAAAUAAAAUAUUCAAUCUUCGUAAAAUAUGUACUUUUAACAUUUUAUGUCUUUUCUUUGGCACAUUAAAAUAAAAAACCGUCACAAAAAAUUGUAAACGAAAAGCGUUAUGUAAUUGCCAUGGAUACCACGGUUGCUAUAGAUACCGCGGUUGCCAUGGAGACCCUGGGUUAGGUGUUAUAUAUUCGUUGUUUUGUUAGUCAGCGUGAACACAUGUUGUGGAUAUGUUGUAGAUUUACGUCUCCUUAUAAUGUAAUUUGUUAACAUAUAAAUUAAAAUGAUUUUAUAACAGCAA